UCCCGCUCCGGGCGGCUGCAAAAGGCGCGGCGGACCCGGCUGUGGCCCAUCCCGCAGCAUAAUGAUGGCAUCUCAAGAGGAGGAGCAACCUUAUCCCUUUGUAGAUAUAUACGAUGAAGAUGAAUCUGACAGAGACUUUCUUAUGUCUAAGCCUACCUGCUUCGUCAUCCUUGGAAAACCAGGUGUUGGAAAGCACACGUUAGCCAAAAAAUUAGCCCAGACUUGGAAGUGUACACUCAUCAAUGCGUUAGAGCUGAUAGAUGAGAACAUAACAGCAGAAACAGAAUAUGGACUCAAGAGUAAGGAAUUGCUUUAUCAAGGUCAAAGUGUUCCUGAAGAAUUGCUUAUAAAGAUGCUUCUGAAUAAGAUUGAAUCUCCAGAGGUUAUGCACUUCGGUUAUGUUCUCUGUGAUUUUCCUUGUCUUUCGGAGGAAUUCAUGAGUAUACCGGAACAGAUAGAGAUAAUUAGAAAUUUAAAAUUAAAACCAGAUUUCCUGAUUAAUAUUAAGUGUCCUAACAAUGAUUUGUGCCAAAGAAUCACUGGACAAAGGCAGCACCCUGACGUGGGACAAAUAUAUCAGAGGGAAGAGUGGGAUCCUGAUAUUAUUGAAAAGCGUAAGAAAAAGAGGAAGGAACCACGUAAGCCCAUGGAUGAUGAAGAGGAAGAAGAGGAGGAGGAGGAGGAAGAGGAAACAAGUGAGGCAAUAGCUGAUCAACUCAUGUUGACAGAAAUUUUGCCAAGUUUAGUACAGAGACCAGAAGAUUUUUUUGAAAAUGCACAAGAGAGAAUUGCCGUCUAUAAGGAUAUUAUGCUACUUCCUCUAGAGGAAUUAAUGGCUGAGCAAGAUUCCCAGUAUCUGAUUGAAUUAGAUGGAAAUAGGACUGCAGAAGAGCUCUUUACGUCAGUAAUAGCCCGUCUCCAAUCCAUGGGCCUACGAAAUGGAGCUCUUAUCACCAAACUUCAGAGCAUGGAGGAAGAAAUAUUAGAUGGACUGGAGAAUGGUGAACUUUUUCGGGUGAUUGCAUCCUAUAAGCUUGUAGCACCUAGACACAGGUGGCGCCGCAGCAGAUGGGGGCGAGCCUGCCCUGUGGCUUUAAAAGGUGGCGAAAUUGUCAUGGGAUCAGCAGACAACGCUGUUAGCUUCUUAGGUAAGAUGUACAUGCUUUCAACUGAGGAAGCACUGAAAGAGUUUAUGCUGAAUCCUCGCCCCUACCUGCUGCCGCCUAUGCCGCUUCCACCUUGCAAAGUCAUAGUAAUUGGACCUUUGUUAUCUGGGAGAUCAACCCUUUGUGGCUUGAUUGCAAACCAUUAUAAGGGAAAGGUCCUUGAUAUGGACGUUCUUCUGAAAAGACAGUAUGAAGAGGCAAGAAUAGAACUUAUUGAACAGACUCGUUCCGAAGCAACAGAGGCAGGCAUUGCCAAAGUGAAAGAAAAACUGCAAAUAGAACAAAUGUUAAAGGAUCAAGUUUCACUAGCUGCCCAAGAACCUGGUGACAAGGAUUUAGACAAUUAUGAGGAAAGCAUUCACACUGAUGAAAGAAGUUCAGUGCUGCCUAGUGUUACAACAUUUGCUAGCCCAAAAGAGAGUAGUGCCAUAAAAGAAGAAGAUGAGAAUGAAGAGAUGGCUUCAUCCCAAACUGAAGAACAAACCGAAUCUUCAUUACAGCCAGCAGAAUUGGAGGUACUUCCUGACCAUCCAGAGGUCCAAGAGAUGGUACAGAAAGCUAUAGAAGCUGCAAUGUUGUCUCCAAUAAUACUGCCACCAGAAUUAUACGCUGACGUAUUGGAAGAAGCCAUUGCAGAGCUUUCUAAAACGAAUAAGGACAGAUAUCCUGAGGCGGCAGAAAAAGGAGGAUGGGUGCUGGAUAAUUUCCCUCCCUUGGCAGACCACUGGGUAGCUUUGUCAGAAAAAGCACUUGUACCGGAUAUUGUGAUUUGUUUGAAGAAUUUUGAACAAAAUGGAAAAAGGUUAAUGCAUAGAUUGUAUCUAGCAAAUAAAGAAGAAAUCGAUGCUAAGAUUAUAAAAAGACUAACUGAUGAAGCUUUAAAGAAGAAGCAAGAAGAAGAAGAAACAAGAAGAGAACUGCAAGAAAUGCUGCGAUUGCAAGCUGAAGAAUUUGCUGAAGAUAGAGAAUCCAUUGACUUUCUAGAGCAACCAUCUGCAUCUGAAUCACAGUCCAAAGUUCAGUCUGGGACUGAAUCAGGCCAAACAGAACAACCAACUGCUUCUGCUUUGUCUAAAGAGAAGGAAAAAUCUGAAGAAUCAAUAUUGUCUGAGGAUCAACUUGCUGAAGCGCAGACGUCUAUGGAUUUUGAAGAGCAUCACAAAUCUAAGUCACAAUCAACAGAACACCUUGAAACUGAAGAGAAAGCUGAGUCACAACCUGGGCCACUGAGAAGUAUUGCAUCUGUGCUGGGAGUCAAGCUACCUGAGUAUCCUGAAGAUGGCUUCCCAGAAGUACCAGAAAUAGAGCCACUUAAAAACAAAAUUAAUCAAUUCUUGCAUGAUUGGCAAAAAAUGGAUGCCGCACUUUCAGAGACACCUUUAGUUCUGACUGCUGAAUUAGAGAUUGAAGGGCAAACUCCAGAGAUGCUGCUUAACCAGAGUGUUCUAGCUAUGGAGCAACCCUUUAAGUAUCAUGGUUGGGAAAUUGGUCCUGAAGAUGAUGAUGAAGAACAAGAAGAUUUACAGGCUGAAGCAGAGGCAUUGGCAGAGGAAGAGGAGGAGGAAGCGGAGGAAGAAGAAGAGGAGGAGGAGGAAGAUGAAGAAAAAGUGGCUGAGAGGAAAAGACACAUGGGAGAUACAAAGCACUUUUGUCCAGUGGUUCUGAAAGAAAACUUUAUCCUUUACCCAGGAGUUUCUGAAAACGGAGCAAAAUACCGAGAAAAAUACUAUUAUUUCUCAACUCCAGAAAAUAGAGAUAAAUUUUUGGAAAACCCCGAAGAGUAUGUGUCUCACAAUGAGCCCUUAAAAGCUCCCCCUGUAAGGAUAUGUCUCUUAGGGUCACAUGGAGCAGGUAAAACGGUCUGCGCUCGAUGGUUAGCAGAAAAACUAGGCAUUUUCCACAUUCAGUUUGAAGAACGCCUCCAGGAAUUGAUCAUGAUCAAAACCGGAAACCGAGUUAGUCCAGAAGAGGAAGAGGAAGACGAUGCCUCCGCUGCAAUGCAGGAAAUGAGUGAAUCUGUUCCAAAUAUCCCUGACAGUGCAACUGAAAUUGAACUUGAGAGUGAAGAGGACAGUAAGCCAACUCCAGAGAAAGAAACACAAUUAACAGAUGAAGAAGAAGCAAUCAAAGCAAACAUAUUAGAAAAUGAACCUUUCCCCAUGGAAGUGCUUGACAGUAUUGUUCUUGACUGGUGGAUGAAAGAACCAUUUCGAUCUGCAGGUUUUAUCCUGGAUGGUUUUCCCCGAACUGGUGAGGAGGCUCAGUAUUUAGCAGAUCGUUCACUUUGUCCCGAUGUUGUGGUCUUUCUUGAAGCUGACGAAGACGACAUUUCUGAUCGAAUUCUUCCCAUGAGGGUGAAAAAAUGGCAAGAGAAACAAGCUAGAAAAAUGGAGAAGCAGAAGCAGGCCAAAGAACUGAAGGCAAAGAUACGAGACGAGCAGAUUGCCAAAAGAAGGGCAGAGCUUCUUGCAGAGCAAGCAAAAAAGAAAAUGGAGAUGGAGGUAGGUGAGUUCCUAGAUGAAGAGGAUGAUGAUGAUGAAGAAGAUAUUGAGGCUGUUCUGGAAGAAGAGUUCCCAAAAGAAGAUGAUGAGGAAGAAGAUGAGGAAGAGGAGCAGGAGGCCGAUGCUAUUGAGCGCAUGAAAACUGAAAUUGCAGAGAAGUACGAAGCAGACAUUGCUAAUAUGCAAACUGUACAGGAGGAACUUGAAAAAUUAUUGAUACCCCAAAUAACAAUUACUUGCAAGCGCAAACCUCGCAUUGUGUGCUGCCAGUUGUAUAAAAAGCUGAAGGACCUAGUAGAAAAACGUGAGAGCAUUUUUGAGAAGUGUUAUCCAAUAAGUAUGACACUUGCACGCAAGAUGAUAGUUCUCUCCUACAAACAUCCAAGUAAUUUUGGUCAGUGGGACCCAAUCAAGUUAAGUGAAGGAGAUGCAAUCAAGCCUUAUCAAAACCAAGAUACUCCAAGCUUUCCAGUUAUCCAUCGAAACUGUAUUUAUUACUUUACAAGCAAGGAAAACAGAGAAAUAUUUAUGAAAAAUCCCAUCCAUUAUCUCCGCCAGCCUAAACCUAAACCCACUGUGCCAGUGAAGAUUGCAAUUGUGGGGCCUCCAAAAUCUGGAAAGACAACAGUUGCCAAAAAGUUUGCAAAUACGUAUGGAUUAUUGCGCCUUUCCAUGGGAGAUGCCAUACGUUCAGUGUUAAACAAUCAGCCAGAGACUGAAUUAGCACUUGUGUUGAAGUGGCACCUUCAUAAAGGACUGACUGCCCCUGAUGAGCUUGCCAUCAGGGCUCUGGAUAUCGCAUUGAUGGAUACUGUGUGUAACACUACAGGAUUUGUUAUUGAUGGGUACCCUGUAACAAGAAAACAAGUAGGUCUCUUGGAAGAAAUGAAAAUAAUUCCGGUAAAAAUAUUUGAGUUAGAGAUUGAUGUGAAGGAGGUUUUCAGAAGAGCACUGCUGGAUAAACAAAACCUUGACAGACCUCCUUAUCCAAUACACGACAGCUCCCAUAUUCUUUCUGUCAAGAAUUCAUGUUACAGAGCACAAAUUGAAGAAAUCAAACCUUACUAUGAGGAGCAACACCAGAACUGGUAUGUGAUGGAUGCAUCCCACAGCAAAUGGUGGAUCUGGAAUGGAGUGCUUGAGGAAACUCAAAUAAUCACCAAAAAAAUCCAGUCAUAUCUGGAAAGAAUCCGUCAAGGAAAGGCUGCCAGCAUUGCUGAUUUAUGUAUCAUGCCGCAAGAACUGCUGUCUCGUCUGGGAGAGUUUGGGCAAUACUGUCCUGUCAGCCUUGCCGAAAAGGGGGAGCUUGUGGAUUGUUCCGUGUCGCCUUCUCUGCAGUUUGCAGCAGAGUUUCGAGGACAUUACUACAAAAUGGCUGGACAGGAGGAACUGGAUAAAUUCCUGAAUGCUCCAGAAUUAUAUGUUCCGCCAUUAGCACCUUAUCCUCUUCCACUCCCACAUAAACUACCAAAGAAACUGACUGCAGCAGAUGUGAAGGCUUUAUUCCCUAUGCAAGCUGAAAUGCAAGGGUACUGUCCAGUCACUUAUCUUGAUGGGAAGCAAAGGUAUGAAGCACUGAUACCUGGGAACAUUGAAUAUGCUGUACUUUAUCGCAAAAAGCUAUAUAUUUUUGAGAGUGAAGAAAAACUUCAAAAGUUUAUGAGACUACCAGAAAAAUAUUGGAAUCAGACACUUCCAAAUAAACUUCCCCCAAUAAAAGAGUCAAUAUUGCUAACAGCUCUUCCUCUGCCUGGAUACCUCGAACAGGGUGUGGCAACAGCUCUGAUAAAAGCAAUGAAUGAAGUCGGUUGUUUAAAGCCAAAAUUUCCAUUUCUAAGUGUGAAAAAGACUGCUCUUCUAUUUAUAGCUUACCAUUUAAAAGCAUAUAACCCCAAGAGCUCUGAUUACAUGCGAAAGAAGUACAAGAUUAAGCUAGAACGGUUCAUAGACAACUGUGAGCUCAUCCCAUACCUUGGGACCAAAAUGACACGGAAAUACAAGGAGCCUCAAAAUCGACCUAUUGACUUCGAUCACAAAUUACGGACCUUUUUGUCUCUCAAAGAUGUGGAUCCAAUUUCUCAAUAGUUUGAAAUACUGUACAAUGGAAAAAUCAUAUUCAUAUCUGAAUGCUAAAUCCUUAGUAGUAUGGCUUGUUAUUUGUGGAUCCUACCCUACAGAAGACAGUGGAUCAAGCAGCAACAUGCAUUUCAAUGGGACACUUUGUAAAAUGCGACGCAGAACCAAGACCAAGAACUGACACAAACAUUUGCAAGAUUCCACUCAACUCUAAAUGCCUUUGCUCAGAAAUAACGUCUUGAGAUUCCUUUGCAAAGUGUCAAAAAAAUCCAGUCCAUUCCAGACUGAUGGGCAAGUUGUUUCUCCCAUCCCUAGAGAAAAGUGUGCUUUUCUGCAAGUGUUCCUUGAGAUGUCCUUUGCAUUCUUAACAACUCUAGAUGCGUUAACAAAUAGGGCAUACUCAGAUAACAUUCUUCAACCAUUGGUAAAAUGAAUGCAUGUAUUGUUUUUUAAUGUUUUAAACUGUUACUGGAAAAUUCAUCUUCAGUCUAAAUCUAUUACUUUCUAUUGCUGAUAAACACUGAAUACGCUUUUAUUUAAAUAUAAUGUAUUUUAUAUUAUUUUGAGGUAAUGCUUUUGGGCCAAUUUGUUCCUUCCUCAGUUGACAAAAUAUUAAUUUCUAUCUGUAUUUACUUAAAAUAAAA